GAUAUCCCGGUGCCUAAGCAUUGACUCGACCCCCGCCAGCAUUUCAAUCUCGUGCACUGGAUAGUUCUGCUGGGCCGAGUUCAGCUUCGCUGAGUAGAAUGCCGCCACCUUUCCGCUCUUCCAGUCUGGGCCCUGGCACACCACGCCCGAGACGCCAGUGGCGCAGCCAUCUGUUACCAGAAAGAUAGGCUCCGCGUCCGGGCCAUAGUCUAAGGGCACUCUGUGGUGGUUCCUAAGCGAAACGGGACUGUGUCCCCAGUCAAGCCGUGCAAUACUCCCAUAGGAAGCCACGGAGGAGGUCCCGAUUCGUGGGCGUCUUCCAGUUCAGUACAGUAUCUACCUUCUCGGAAUCCAUCCGGAUCCCUCGGUCCGUGAUCACCCGUCCCAAGACUUUCAAUUCGGGUUGUAGAAACUGAAGCUUAUUCUCUCCAAGCGUCGUUGAAUAGAUUAUGAUAUCGUCAAGAUAUACGUCCAUGAAUCGGCCAAUAUAGUCUGAGAACAGGUAGUUCAUGAGAGACUGAUAGGUCGCUGGGAUCGAAAACGGCAUCGAGCUACGCGGCGUAGUAUUCCGUCCAUGUCUGGAAGUGGCGACGCCAUCUUCCGCGUGUUCGCAUUGCGCUCCCGAAGAUCCACUACCACCCGAAGUCGCGGGGGGCUAGAUUUUGCCUUGGGGAUCAGUAACAUAGGUACUGUGUUCCCGGCGUUUGUUAUCUUCCAGCGCCCCGUUUUCAGGUAUACUCGUCGCUUCUCAUCCCACUGGGGUCUGAGCGCAUCUGGGCACCGAGACAUUCGCCAUGGCAUGACUUUGCCCGGGUCGAUCAACGGAAUGCUGUGAUUUAUUGCCCUGAGCGGCGGCAGCUCUGUUUCCGCCGCCACUCGACACACUUCCUGGGCAUACUCUCUCAGCUUUCCUCGUGCUUGCUCCAGAUCUCCGGUCUGCACGUCCGUCGCACCGGUGUGUAGUCGUGCCGUUGCCACUCCUUCUAACGGCUCAGGGUCGGCGCUUCCCACACACACACGUGAGGGAUUGAAACCGAUGCUCACGCGAUGCUGGAACAACCACGCGGUCCCCAGUAUCAGAUCGUAGCCGCUGAUAUUCGCUACGAAAAAGUGUGAUUUAUCUUUGACCUGGAUCCUUGGACCGCCAGCUGGAGGGUCGCCCAACGAUCCCGAGUCUACCAGGGCCCGAAGCGGGUGCCCGUUCACGUGUACCACAAUCACCAAUGGCUUUGCAACAACGGUAUCCUUUGACUUCGGGAACGAGGCCGAUCGUGCGAUCCCGGGCAUCUUGUCCGCUGGCACCUGCGCGCCGUGACAAGCCAGGGCGCAGGGUACGCCUUCCGUUGUUACCAUGGUUUCUCGCGAAAACCACCAGCUGUCCGGCGGCACCAUGGGUCAGCAGGUUGACCAAAUCCAGUCUCGGGUUCAAGAGCUGUUUACGUGGCACUUCUACUCGCGUCAGGCCCCCGCUGUCCUGGAUCUCGAAGACGUACAAGACGGGUACGUUUGGGCCUUCGAUCUUGCCUUCCGAGAACCGUGGCUCAAUGUUGACGCAGUUUCCACAUGCUUCCGGGUACCGAGACACCAUCUCGUCCAAGUAGAAGCUCAGUUGUAUCCCCAGCAGGUCGUCAACCGCGAUUCGAUGUUCCCCGGACAGUUCUUCUGCCGGUAUGGACAGUUGCUUGCUUACCCGGCCGGAAUACCAGGCGCCUAA